UCAAUCGACUAUGGUGCCGAGCUGCUCUUCCAAUAUAUUGGAGAGCCCCAUUCAGUUAUACAGCGAGCGACACGAAGCAAGGCCGCGACAAAGACCUAUGAACUGUUCCUUGAAUCUUUAAGCGAAGAAGAUAACUUCAAGAAGAACAGUGACAUAUGCUCCCAUAUUCAGUUCUCUCGUUUUCGUCAAAAUCUUUCAGAAAACGAACGUCUUAAAGAUACUAGCGAAAAAUUGCACCACACUGAAUUUGCGCUUACAAGCUAUCUUGCACGGGAUCUCGAAGGCGUCCUGGGUGCCGAGCACGAAACACAUCGUUUGCAAAUAUCCAAGAGUACAAGGUUAGCAACUGAGCAUUGGCAUCUUAAGGGAAACGAAAAAAAGGGUUACUUUCAUCCGGUUGAGUCACGGUCAAUGACAUGCCUCCAGUGCCAACGACGAGCACCUCACGAAAGAAAGUCCGACCAACGAUCAAAUCCAGAUUCAUGUUGUUACGCAGUUCUUACGAGAUGA